GAAAAUAAUUACCCUAUGUCCACAAAUCUAACUGGUGUUUGGGAUUCCAUAUUUGGUGUCAAUAGCAAUGAUUCUGAUACAAGCAGUUCUAGUAAUGCAACCGCCGUUGCUCCCAUCUCGUAUUCAGACAGUGACAUUGGCAUGUGUGUUGAUAGGUUUGUUACCGUUCUAGACCAGUUAGAUGCCAGAGUUGAAAAGUUUCGGAAGGAUGCGUUGGGCUUGCAGGAGAAACGUGACUUCUUGCUUAUGUCCAUUGAUUUGAUAAAAAGCAACGAUUCAAUGCAAAAUCUAACCGAUUCCGAACGAGAAGAGAUCGGUUGUUACUUACAGCGGGUUAACACUCGUUUGUCAACUGUCGAACUGAAUGUACGCAUUGUACGUGAUCACUCGCAGGAGGAUUCUCUAAGCCAAAUCAAUACGUUAAUAGACUUGACGAUUACUAUGGGUGAUCCGGUGCUGUCACGGCAACGUUGUCAAGUGUACUUGAAUGCCUGCUGCAGUGCUGGCGAAGAUGUUAGCGUUGCCAACACAAGUGUUAUGGAUGAGUAUAGAGUUGAUGUUGAUGUGGAUGCAGGCCCGGUAGAUAAGAAAUUCGAAAGCGUUUUGCUGGGCUGCACUUUAGAUGAUCAAAAAAAUAUUAAGAAACGUUUGCAUGCACUAAUGGGAUAUCUUAACAAACAGAUAAUACCUCAAUAAACAUCCGAUUACAAUAAUGAUCGACUUAUAAGUACACG